AUGUUUCGAAGUCUCCGCCUGAAAGUGGCAUCCGGGAUUGCGAGCCUGCGGGAUUUGUAUGUCUUACCGCCAACACUCUGGAUCGCGUUUGCCAUCUACUUCCCUCUGGGGUUCAUCAACGUGUCCAGCAUCAAGCUCUACCUGCCACUCCUUCGAAGCCUGGUCGCUUGUGAUGUGCCGGUUAGUGACGGGGAGUACUCGGGUUCGCUUCAUUGUGGCGACCGGAACCUCGUCAUCUCUGUGGCACUUCAGCAGGAGGCGUGGCUAGUCGCGCUGAAGCUGCUCUGCCGGAUGCUCUCUGGACCGCUCUUGGGUGCACUCUGCGACACGCAUGGCCGCAAGCCUGUGUUAAUGUUGAGUAUCGGCGGCAUCACGAUGGCAUCCUGGCUGAUGAUGAUGGCGUGCAUGCAGACAGCGAUCCCGCCGAUCAUGAUUCUGACCUGCGCUCUGGCUCUGCAAGGCUGCACAACCGCCUUCAGCCUAUGCUUUAAGGCCAUCAUUGCGGAUCAACUGGAAACUGGUCAGCGCGCGAAGGGCUUCGUCGUUUUGAAUCAUGUGGAUGUUCUCAGUCGUGGCUUGACCCUGUGCUUCGUUAUUUGGAUCCAGAAGAUACAGUUUAUGCACUUCGACGUGCUCUGCUUGCUUGCUGGAAUGCUUGGCCUCGUGAUCCUUCUGGUGUGUUAUUUCCAGCUCGAAGAGACUCUGCCGAACCAGGGCAAGCUUCUGGACACAUCAGUUUCAGGUCUGCUGAGGAGCAGCUUCAAGGAGCUGACCUCUCCCUUCGAGCUGCUGCGAAGCUCCAGAUUCUUGCAGAUUCGCCUCGCCCAGAUGUUGCUUCUACAGCUGGGCAACGGCUGGGAAUCGGUCCUGGAUUCUUUCAUGAUCUCCACACUUGGCUGGGGACCUGGAGAUUGGGACCUGGUGAACGUGCCAAUCAGUAGUUUUCGUGAGUUCUGGGGCAUGGUGACGAGCGGCUUGAUGGUCCAAUGGGCCAAAAAUCCGAGAAACAGCUUCUGGUACCAACAAGCAAGCCUCGGCUUCGGAUCCACCAUGCUGCUGAUUCAGACUUUCGCGCCGUUCGGUGCUGUGUUUCUCUUGGUGCCGAGGUGCCUUUUGGCUUUCUGCCCGGGAGAUGGUGGAUCCGAUGCAGCUUUUUUCAGCUCCCAGUUUCCUCCACAGGCGCAGGCAUCUGCAAACGGUCUGCUUACAGCCGUUGACAACAUCGUCUCCGGCGUCGCUCGCUGGCUCUUUGCGCGCUUCUUCUUCGAUCCAUCUACGAAAGGAUGGCCAGCCAUGCUACCUCUCGGUGUGAGGACUGUUUGCACUCUGCUUUCCAAUGCGCUGGCUUUGUAUGCCUGGUGGAUUUACGGCCGGGAUCACCAGCUCGUCGUGGCCACUUUGCGUUGCGGAGAUGCAAGCGGCGGAUUCUACCGACGUGAGCUUCGGCACCAGGUGACCUCGGGCAGGGUCCAGACCAGAGUUGUCCAGAUCCGCGAGUGUAAUGGUGCGUGCCGUGCCCUGACCUACCUGCAGCCCGCCCACGCGUCUGCAGAGCCGGAGAGGUAUGCCCUGAUGGUGUACGAGCUUUCGCAGCUUACAGUCUUCAUGCAGUCCCUCCGGAACAUCCAGCAGCAGCUGGUUCGAUCGUUCGGUGAAGAAGCUGCAUGUAACAGUGGCAUCGUGGUGCGGUGUCCAGGUCGACGCCAUGAUGACCUUGGACGUUCGAAGACAGGGGUGGCUGCGGAUGCAAGUUUGUCGCUCACCCCAAAGCUCCAGGGUGAUCGUCCAUCCUUGCCUUUGACGCAGUUGCGUACCACUGAGGGCACGGAGGCCAUCGUGCGAAGUGCCUUGAUGAGCGGACGCAUCUCUUCGGCGUUGAACUUGUUCCACGAGCUGAAGGAAACGGAUGCAGGGUCAGGCAGCGUCUUCGAGGAGUUCCGGGUAACAGCCGGAAGGCUGGCAUACCAGCUGGUCUGCAACCAGCAGCUGGACUUCCUGUUUGUUGCAAUGCACAUGCUUCGCAACGUAGGAGAGAAUGUGAAUCGGUUUUUCAAGGCUGUUGCUUUUCACACCUCCAAGCGCUUGGUGCGUCGACGUCUCUUGCGGCAUGUCGGGCACAUGCGGAGACUCUCGAAAGAGGAGCAAGCACUCAUUUCUUUGGUGAAUCUGCUGGAGAGGCUUUACACCAACCCCUGUUACACCACGGAGUUCAACAGAAUGACUACUGGCCUAACCACGGGUCAGUACCCACAGCGUGCUCACAGCGGGUCUGUGCCGCCUUUCUGCUCUUGGCCGGCAGGUGGUCAGCCCAUGUUGCUUGUGGGACUUGUGUGUGAUGGUGCCAUCGGCGGCCACAUUGCUGCCCGCCGUCCGGACGAAAAAAAUCUUCUCGGCGAGGCCGGAAGGGAAGUUGCACAGGGUGCGGCGGCACUUCAGCACUGGGUGGACACCCGUGGCGGUGGACCGCAGUACUUCGAGCAACAGACGAGCUUGCGGGAACUGCCGAUGGCACAGCGCAUGCCCUUGGAGCUCUAUGACAUGUGGUCUGGAUACCAGACGCCAGCAAUGGCCGCAAUGCUCGAGAUGUCACCCAGAGCACGAAAGGGAUGGGCCAGCAUGCCUUGCGGCGAUGUCGAAGACUUAGACGCAACACCUGUCCUGGGCUUGUCGAACUUUCACAAAGGAUCCAACCUUGCGCAGGAUGUGCAUGGGGACGAUAUCGCCGAUAUGCGCGAACAAGCAGAUGAAGGUGACACAGAGAUGCUGAACAGCCUGGAGUCAGCGCCGCUUGCUCGGGCCAGCUGCCGUCGCUGCCGACUGGAGGGGCCGCAGGAUGAGGACACCCCUCUGAGUGCUGAUCUCUCGCACUCAGAAGGAUUCCUGGAGGCACUGGGUUUGGAUGAGGGUGGGCCCAAGAGCCACACCAUGGGAUAUCUCCAUGUGACGCUGGCUUGGAUGCGGCAGUGGAGUUGGGAGACGCGGGCGCGGAUCGUGAUGGAGAAGACCCACUUCUGGCCCCGCUUGGUUGAGCCACUCCCCUGGUUGCAGCCACCUGGUGAAGCCGGGCCGCCAGCCAAAGCGUGGCAACACUGCUGGCUGGACUUCCUCGUUGCCCACCAGGAUUGGCGAGGCCUUGCUGCAUGGGUGAGAUCGCUUCCCUUUUCGGCCUCGGACUGUGUGGACGCACACGGCAAGAGCUGCGUGGACUUGGAGAAGCUCGAGCAACGUGGUCUCCGGUUCUGCACUUCUUAUUCGCGAGAGGUUCUUCUGCAGCAGCUGGGCCGCCGGGGCAUCUUUUGUAGCGGUGACACACAGGACUUCCAUGCGCUUCUGUGCCGUCUGACACUUUGUGGCAAGCUAUUCGGCGACGGAAUGAGCCUAGAGCCACCAAAGGGACGUGAAGUUACGCUGGCUUCCAAGCUGCCUAGCUCUGAGAGCGAUGAGGGAUCAUUACCACUGGACCAUCUGCUGCCGGUGGGAACAGUGAGUCCUUUCCACUGCUUCUUCAUCAACUAUUGCAUCGACAACGACCUGCCUGCGCUUCUGCUGCUGUACCUCCAGCGCUACAACUUGGCCACGACCAUGAGCACCCUCAAGGAGCUCCACAUUCAACAAUCGCAGCGGUCCUGGGCUCCGCUACUCCUCGUCGGACGCCUCGGCAAUCCCCAUCUCUUCGCUGCAUCUUUGCACCACGCCGCUUCCGUUUGUCCAUCUUCAGAUGCUUCCGUCAUCAGAUUUGUGAAGGAAGAUGCAGAGGGAGUGCCGUUUAUGCCACUGGGGGCUUUGGCAGACUCCAGGCCAAUCGCAUUCCUCGCGACGUUGAUGUUUGCGCCAGUUGCAUGUGCCCUCGAGCUCCUCAAGCUGGACAAGGACUGCCCAUGGGCGGUUAGCAAGAAAACACUCCAAAAGGCUGUAGCGGCAUAUCCUGCUCUCAGCGAAGCAUUUCUGUCGAAUAGCGUCGAGGAUGAGACGAAGGAGACACCGGCAGGAAGCGACAAGUAUGGCAGAAGCCUCGUGGAGGCAGUGGCCGAGGCUUGCUCCUGCCAAGGCAAGAUGGAGAAUCGGAUGAUUCCCAAGGAAAUCGUGCCUCAGCUUGAGAUGCAAGGAGCAGGCAUCGGCGGCGGAGAGAGGCAGACGGUCGAGGAAAUGGCAACCUUCAAGGGCGAUAUCACGUUGUCGACGCUCCUGAGCGAUGUCGCGUCUUUUGACGUUGUCCAAGUCCUGGAUCGCCUCUGCAUUUUUGAAGAAUGCGAGAUACUGAACCUGGCACAGUUGGCGGAUACGGACGAGCACUUUCCCGAUGAGCUGGAGGAAAGUUACUUCUUGUCCCAGGGAAGAGCCAUGAUGGCGUAUCACGUCUUGAUGACGAACUGCAAGCGGCAGUUGAAGGCAGGGGAGGAACUCCGAUUUCCGCUGGCCUUGGCUGCAGAGGAUGCCCGCCGUCUGCGGAAAGCAGCAAAAUCGGUCGCAUUGCACAAUCUGCUGAACGAGGGUGUCGUCUCCAGUGCAGUUUGCCUUUUGGAGCUCUGUGGUUUGGAGACGGAGAAGUUGCGAGUGGACGUGGAAGCAGCGAAGCGAAUCUAUUCCCACACUGUCCAUCAAAGUCGCUCAAGCGCGGGUGAAGACCGUCAGCGAGCCGGAGCUGCUAGCGUGAUUCAGUUGUUCAUGUCCUUCCCCGACACAGAAGAUGCAUCGGCGAGUGCUGCUGCCGAGGCGGCAAUUAGCUCUCCCCAUUUGUUGAAUGCUCUGCGAAUGCUGGAAGAAUCCACCUGGGCCCUGGAUCCUCAUCCAUCGGCUCCAACAGCAUCUUCCAUCCAGGCUUUGGGUUAUGAUCUGCCUUGGCACCUCGUGGCACUGUUCUGCCGAGUACACUCCUUGCCGCGGUCACUCACUCUUCUUCACGAACUCGCACGCAACAAUGACUGGGUCAUGUUCCUCUAUGAGAGCGACUUGCAGCAGUGCCCUGCAGAGACGGUUCUUGACAUUGUGGGCGGCUAUUUUACCGAGGUGCCUCUGCAGAACCAUCUGCAAAUUCUUGCCAACUCGAUUGCUGCACAAGAGCAAGGACAGCAAGAACAGCAAGGGCAGCAAGGGCAGCCAGGGCAGCCAGGGCAGCCAGGGCAGCCAGGACGACGUGAAGAGAGAGGUCGGAGUGGCAAAGUGGAGGACCCAAGUGUGCCGGCCGAUGCCAUCAGCUUCUUGGAAAGAAGCCGCUCAACCGGCAGCUCCAUGAGUUUAGGACUUUUGGGCCAUGCGCUCCUCCACAGAAAGGCAAGGCUCGCGGUUGUGGCUUCGGCCUUCAGUGAUGUGACCUACCUUCAGUGCAUGGCAGUGUGGCUCUCCGUGAAUGCAGAACGACUUCGCGACAAUCAGGUGCCAGAUGCUGUUGUUGGGCCCUUGCCAUCACCAGCGGCAAGUCCUGGCGAGGUAGCCGCGCAGAUUGCCAGCCUCUGUCGACAGCGUCAUGCAUUCUCCUUGGUUCUUCGAGCCCUCAAGAUCUUUGAUCCGGAGAAUCCGCUCAUCGAUUUUGUUUGCUUUCAUCGGGCAUUCGUGCAGUGUCGGUUCAAGAGCUGCCGAGAGCAUCUGCGUCGCUUCGUUGGGCGACGCCAGGAGUCUGGAACAUCGUGCGCACUGGACUUCUCGCCACAUGUUGAACGACUCAGCGAGGACAUGGUAUGGUACCUCCUGGAUGGUUUUCCCAGGUCUCGCAUGAUGUUGCUAUCAGUGCUUGAUGAAGCUGGCUUUUCCCCGCGCUUCUCGCUGCUUUUCAGCGCCUACAGGCUGAUCCAACAGACCGGAUUGGAUGUUGAUUUCCGCGUGCCGAGUACAGAACUGCUGCAGCUGCUGAUAUCGAAGAAGAUGUUCUCAGAAGCCAGAGAAUGGGCCAAGCAGAGUGGUGUGGCGGGGGACACCGUCGUUUUCGAGGAAGUGACGGGUAUGAUCGUCGAGUUCCGGCAGGGAGCCUGGUGGAAUGUGCUGGCAGAGAGAAUUCAACUGUGGCACAAGUGCUUCAGUGCCUUCAUGCGUCAAAGUCCUCCGGUGGGAUCUGCAAACUUUUUCUUGGAUAUCACUGCCAAGCUGGAGCCGGAUCUCUUCGCACGCGAGCAGUUGGUCCUUCUCUCCAUUGCCCGGGAGCUUCUCUUGAUUCAGCACAGCACAGCACAGGUUACAUCCUCGCACGAAGAUCAUCUCGAGCAGCUGAAGGUGAGCCUGCUUCUCAUUCUCACGGGCACGGCGCCUGAGUUGACGCCGGAUUUGGAACUGUGCCCUCUGGACUGCCAGGGCACCAUGGGCAUGGGCUGGCUCGAAGCAGCUGUGCUCUGCUGGGUCUCCAGUAGCUUCUGUGGUUCUUGGAAUGGCAUCGGUUUGGCAACGGCCGUGGACCUGGCCUCAAAAGGAUGGGAGGUCGUUCCGCUAUGCCGCUCGAGUGAGAAAGCUCGUGAGACGAAAGAAGAUAUCGUGGACUUAGUGCCAGAGGCUGUGAUUGGUGAAGUUGAUGUUUCUUGCGACUUGGCGGACUUGCUAUCAGUGUCCAGGUGUGCCAGAGCCCUUUCACGGUCGACAGGGCAGCUUGAUGCAGUGGUUUUCAAUGCUGGCAUUGAUGGUGCUCCUCUCGAGAGAACUCCCCAGGGUCAGGAGCUUCAUUUCGCUGUCAACCACCUCGGACAUUUCGCUUUGUGGAUGGGAUUGAGGAGUUGUUUAGCUGAGAAAGUUCGGGUUGUGACAGUGACCUCCUCAGCUGCCCUGGAUGCAGAACUGGAUCUGGAUGAUUUAGACUGGAAACGACGUGAGUAUGGAAGACACAAUGCCUAUGCUGCGUCGAAGGCCUGUAAUGUCCUUUUUGCCGAAGAGCUCGCGCGACGAUUUCAUGCGAAAGGGAGCUUUGCCUCAGCAAAUUCAAUCGAUCCCGGGCCGACAGCCACACAGAUCGUGCGAUACUCGCUUCCAGAGCGGGCAUUGCAGCGGCGAGAUAUGGAUCCUGCACAGCUCGCUAGGCAGGCUCGGCUCUUCGGCCUGAAGACGCCGAGCCAAGCAGCUGAAGGCAUCGUGUGGCUCGCCGACUCUGCGGAGGCCGGCAAACUGCCGGACGGCCAGUGGUGGAGCGCACCGAGCACCCUUUUCCCAGCACCGUCUCUCUCUUGGCGCACAGAGGCCUUAGCGGAGGAGUUGUGGAAGAGAAGUGAGGCCUUAGUGAAAGAUUACGUAGACCUGUCCUACAAGACUAUAUGUGCGCUGGUGCAUCGGAUCCCAGACCAAGUAAAUGCUUUGCCGCUUUAUGGCAUGGAGGGUGCGCUAAUGACGAGCGCGAGGGCCAAUUCAUCCUUCGGUCCAGGGCCUUCUUCCGCCAAGGAGGGUCAGGGAGGCUCAGUCUUGGAUGCACAGCAAAAGGGCCCGCGCGGCGAGUUAAUCCCUUUCCUGGAGACCGGGAUCAGUUCUCUCAUCAAUCGCGACGAGCUGAUGCUGGCGGACCAGCUAGCUUCAGGUUUUGGAUAUGAAAGUUCGGAUCAAAAACUGGCAGCGGCUCUCUCUUCAAUUGCUGGUGGCAAGCAUUUGGAGGCUGUGCAUCGCCUGAAAUCUCAGCAGUCACCAUUAGAGCCCAGUGACUCAGCCCUGACAGCUGCCGAGCAAGGCGAUGCAGAACCGUUGUUGAACGAGUUGGGAUCGCACUGCUCAGACAGAAUUGCCCUGUACUGUCGUCGAUGCAGGGUUUUCUACUCCGUGUCCCGAAACAUCGGAAUGGACUAUCAAGAGGUUGAGAAGGUCGAGCCCACCAAGCUGCUCUCUUUGCUUCUCAGUCCUCAGCCCUACUGUGCGGACAUCGAGCUGUGCAGGAAUCUCAUCACAGGCUUCCCAAGGCUUGAUGCCGUGGCCGUGGCCGAGGUGCUCUUGGACUCGUUUAUCGAAUCCAUGCUCGCGCAGGGUGUCAUGCGGUGGGCGGAAGAGAAGCUGGACGAGUUUGUGUCGCUGCUGAGCCCGUCACAGGAGCUCUUGGGCCAGGCGGCGCUCCAACGAAUUCCUAGCUUCAGGGAGCUGGUGAAGACGGAGCAUGGCCCUACUAGCGUUCCCAGUCAAGUCCUUGAUCCAGAGACGGAGGUUGAGGUGCUGAUAAUGGCCUAUCACUCCUACGUUCAGGGCUGCCGUGAACGUUCUGUCAGCGAGUUGCUGCGGCUUCUUCAAGCUCGAGCAGAGUUUUACGUGGCUCGGGGGCACUUCCAUUUGCUUGUCCGUCUGCUGGUAGCCAUUCCCGAGUACCACGCCAUGGAGUACUUAUUUGGUCAUCUCGUUCGUCACGGCGAGUUGCACACCCUUCUUGCUGAAGGAAGACGAAGGGGGCAGGAUGCCACGAAGUGCGGACAGCACAUUGCUCUGGCUGUGGCCCUAAUAAGGUACUUGCAGGUGAACUUUCCCCUCGACUUGGAGAUGCUGGUUCAGGUUCACUGCAGCUUCGGCUUAGAAGCGGAGCUGGCAGAGCUGCUGGAGACGAAGGCUGGCCAAGUGGCACUGCGUCUAGGCCGAAAAUGGACAGACAUCUGCUCUGAGGAUGGGGAGGAGCAGCUCCUGCUUUGCCUGUCUAUGUACCUCCAAUGUGCACGCCUGUUUCUCAAGGGGAAGCGCCACCAGCGCCAUUUGGUAGCCAAUGAGCUUGCCGCGCUUAUAUGCUUGCAACUCAAGGCGGUGCAGAUCCACUUGGCUGCCUCUCUGCAUGAGCAGAAUGCCGCGACGGCUGGCCAGGAAAGCUUCGACUGGGCGGCAGUUCCCACUGACGGCCCGGAGUCAUUAGCGAAUGCCUUGGUAGACGCGACGGGGCGACAGAAGGGCUGGGGAGAACAGCAAGCGGUGGACGGGGCAGAAAACGGCACCGGCUGCGGAUCUGAAGUCGAGGAUUGUUGCAUGGACAAGGACGGCAGCUCAGGGCCUGCGCACAGCUGUGGCGAUGUCCUAGGUGCAGGCAAGGGGUUACUGCGUGCGGCACGGCAAAGCCAGGAACAAUCGCAAAUGUUGCCGCCAGCAUUGUUGGGCCCUGCUGGUGAUGUCUUUGUGGUCAUCAACUUGACGCCCUCAGAGGUUGAGGUCUUCGCGGAGUACCACCAGGACUUCAUCGCCACGCUCGAAGUCGUCAGCGCGUACCGCCACUCCUGUGGAGAUGGGCUGUUCAAGGUAUGGCCCAGAGCUUUAUACAGGCAGGUGGUGCUGCUUGGCAAUCGUUUGUAUCUUCAGCUUUUUCUGCAGCACCUGCCGCUCUCCAAGGAGUGGCUCCAGGCCAUCGUUCAGUUGUAUCUGGAUGAGUCAUGUCCUGAGCAGUUCUCUUCUCGAAUGCUGCGAAUGAAGCAGUUCCUGCGAGAGGGAGUGACGAAUCUGGAGAUCCGGCACCAGCUCGCUCGCCAGCUCGGGCCUGGGUUCACUGACGUUGCCAUCGAGACCGCCUCGCUCGUCUACAUGGCCUAG